AUGGAGGAAAAUAAGAAUUCGAAGAAAAAAAACAGAAAAUAUAAUGAGAUAAUGUUAAAAUCAGCCAUUGAAAGUGUUUUACAGUCAAAAUUAACUUUGUACAUGGCAUCAAAGGAAUUCAACGUGCCGUGGAGUACAUUAAAGGCCAAUGUUGAACGAGUUAAAGAAGAACGCAAACAGGGAAUAACACAGAUUAGGAUGCUCAAAGUAGAAGCUAUUGCACCUUCAAUAUUAUCAGAUCAACCUGUUCCUACAUCACAGUUCUCUAUGGAAGAAAUAAUUAUCGGUCAAGACUACGAUGUUGAUAUUCCUCAAGCCGAAAUAAUAAAAACUAAUUAUGAUCCCCUUAGUGAAGGAGCAAUCAACGAGAAAGACUCUAGCAAACCUUCAAUCCCAAGCAUUAGUUCUAUUGCCGAGGCACAAAUUGAAAAUAGUGCUCCUUCUGAGACUUUGCAAAUGGAAUGCGAGUUAGAACAAGUUCCGAACUCAAUGUAUAAUAUAAAUACUGUAACAAAUAAUAUAACCAUUGACGAUAUACCGAGACCUAUUCUUCAAAAUAAAAAUAAAAUUGAGAUACACGACAUAUUAAUAUUACCAAAAUGGAAACCUAAUAUAAAAACACGACAAAAGAGAAAUGUUCCCAAAGCUCAGUGCUUAACACCGGUCGCCACAACAUCAUCUACAAACGUAUCUUUAAGACAUGUCCGCCGAACAACUUUUAAAAAAGAAGAUCAAAAAGUGAAAGAUCGGCGAACACCACAACCAAACUUAAGAAAACAAGUAAAAGAAAACGUCAAACAAACUUCUCAACUAUUAAAUAGAUUAAAAUCUUCAAUCUCGGAUGAUGAAUGGGUUUGCCGAUCUUGCAAUGGGCUGUACUCACAAGAUGUAAAGUUACAAAAUGGAGCCGACUGGAUUACAUGUUCUUUCUGUACUAAUCCUUAUCAUAUCCAUUGCCAAAGUCAAAUUAUAGGUGAUAACCAAGAAGUUUUUAUGUGUGAUAGUUGCAGCAUUGAUGAAUCUAGUGGUGAAGAGUAA